AUGGAAUUGAAAGAGUGGAAUUUAAAAGUACCAUGGGGAAAUAUUGCAUUGCUGUCACGUGGCAAUACCAGUGGAGAACCAGUAUUAUUAGUUCAUGGUCGCCUGGACAGUGCAGCAACAUUUCUACCUCUACUAAAGUUGAUACCUGCAAAGUAUUAUUGUGUCCUGGUUGAUUUGCCAGGUAAUGGCAAGUCAGAUCCUUUCCCAAAAGGAAUGGUCCUUUCCCGUUUCAUUGGUGUACCCAUCAUAGAUUUAGUAGUGCAACAUUUGGGAUGGGAACAGUUCACUUAUAUUGGCCAUUCCCUUGGUUCUGAACAGGGAAUGUUCUACGCUUCGAUUUACCCAAAACGAGUGAAAAAAGCGGUCUAUUUAGACCCGGGACCGUCGCUCGAAUAUUGCAAUGCGGUAAAUUAUAAACAAUUUUUCAAGUCAUAUCAGAAUUUUUAUGAUAAUUACCAUAAAUACGAUAGUGAGAGGGAAUACACGAAAGAGCAGGCGAUGAGGUCCGUUCUGAAUGCGAGGGCUAUUAAUGAGGAGGAAGCGGAGAUAGUUCUGUCAAGGUGCCUGGUGCAAACGGGGCCCAAUUUGUAUAGAUUAUCCUGGGAUAGGCGUUACAAAAUCACCCCCGGAUUUAAUUCGCUUCCACAACAAUUUUAUAUAGAUUUAUUUUCCCAACAUCGGACGCCGUCAUUAUUUAUUUGUGCUAGCGUCAUGACAGAUUUGUACUACCAGCAGUCAAACUUAUCUGUCAAACUUAUGUCCCAUAUGUCAGAAGAGAAUAAGAAUGUCAAUGUCAUUUGGGUAGAAGGCGGCCAUGAUGUCCAUUUGACGAAUCCAGAGAGGUUUAUAAACGAAUUGUUGAUGUUUUUAGAUAAUGAUUUUGUUAUUUCGAAAUUAUAG